AGGUAGCUUAUUUCAUUUAUAAAAGAACUAAUGCUGCAGAAUAGAAUUACGAGUAGUACUUCUUGGAUAAAUUAAAAGAAAGUAUAUUAAAUUGAUAUUUAGGUAAAUGCACUACAAGAAUAUUAUCUAUGGGAGAAUAGACAAUAAAGGAAUAACUAUAUUAUUAUUAAGUUAUGGAACGUCAUGGUCCAUCUUUAAAAUUAAUUUAUAAUUUCUUAUCUAAAAAUAUUCCAAUAACAAUACUUUGUCUUAUGGCAAUCUAGAGUGUAAAUAUUUAUAGUAAUAAAAGCUAACUUGUUUAGAAUAGAUCCAUAAAUAAUUGAUUAUACAUCGUAAUAUUAGACCUUAAAAUUGUUAAUUUCUUAAAGUGGAUCAGAAAUUUUGUUGACUGAUUUUAAGUAUGCAUGUAGAUUUAGGAAAUAAUAAAAGAACAUUAUUGUCAAUAAUAAUUUACGUAGUUCUUCAAAUAAAUAAUUUUUAAAUAUAUUUUCAAGCUUAAAUCAACAUUUAGAAUAAGGUAUGAAUUUUAAAUAUUAAUGUCUAGUUUCUUCUCCAAAAGAUGAUUUAGAAUCUCUAGCCUUAAUAAUAAUUUAUUAUGCAGGAUUUGCUUCUGUUUUAGAUAUUAAAGAAGAGAAUAGAGGACUUAAAAUUAAAAAAUUGGAACACAUUAAACUAACUUUGUUACCAAAGCUUUCUUUUAAAGGAGCUCCUUAUGUAUUCAUUUAAUUUUAUAAUGGAGUCAAAUAAUCAUCUGUUAGUGAUUAUCCUUAAGAUUAUGAAAAAUACAAAUAAAUAUUUCGGAAAAUAUUAAACAUUUGUGGCUAUUCAGAAAAAGAUAUAGUAUACCCACAUUUAUAAAUGAUGAAAUAAUAUCAUUAUAAUUAUAACUUUAAUGUUAUUAUAGAGGAAUAAGAAACUUAAGCUUAAAUGGAUUCCAUUGAUGAGGAGCAAAGUGUUUUAAGAAAGAUAAAACAAUUAGAUGGAAAAAGAUAUCACAGAUUAAUUUCUUUAGAAAAUUAAAAACAAAAUUCUCAGAAAGAAUUAUUAGAAUUAAUUAUUAAUUUAUUUUAUAUAAUUUAAAUAUUUUUCACAGUUUAUAAAGACAAUCUCAAUAAUAUUGCAUCACGAAAAAAAAAAUUUACUAUCUUGCUCUUUUAUGUAGAUUUAAAAAAAAAUUAAUUCAAUUAUUAGGUAUUUAAUAAUCUUAAGAUUCUCACAAAUAUGAUAGAUAUUGAUUAAUUUUAAAAAUUUAGUCAAAAUUUUUUGAUUAAAAUAUUAUUUUUGUUUUGA